AUGGCAAAGGCAUACGAUAGGAUGGAAUGGUCCUUUGUGAGUGAUAUGCUUGUGGGUCUGGGCUUUGAUGCUAAAUGGAUACAGUUGAUUAUGUUGUGUAUCCAGACGGUACGUUACAAGGUAUUGGUUAAUGGUAGACCUACGGAGGAGAUCGUGCCUACUAGGGGGUUACGGCAAGGGGAUCCCUUGUCGCCUUAUCUCUUCAUAAUCUGUGCGGAGGGGCUAUCUUUGCUUUUGCAGGACUCACAGUCAAAAUGGCUUAUUCAUGGUUGUAGAGUGGCCCGGGGGGCACCACCGAUCUCGCACUUGUUUUUUGCUGACGAUAGCUUGCUUUUCUUUAAAGCUAACCUGCAGGAAGCUAUGGAAGUAAAAAGAUGCCUGGGGGUUUAUGAGUCCUACUCUGGCCAAGCGGUGAAUUUUCACAAAUCCAACAUUUCGUUCAGCCGAAAUACACACACUGAAAUGCAGGAUCUUGUGUCAGGGGUUUUGAUUGUUUCCCAGGCGGAGAAUUUUGGGAAGUACCUGGGAUUGCCUUCUGUUGUUGGCAGGAAUAGGAGGGCGGUUUUUGCUUACAUUGAGCAAAAGUUGAAACAGAGAUUCAGCUCUUGGAAUAAGAGGUUGCUGACUAAGGCGGGUAAGGAGGUUCUUUUGAAAAGUGUGGCACAGGCCAUGCCAACUUAUACUAUGAGUAUUUAUCUGCUGCCGAUUACUUUAUGUGCUUCUUUGGAGAGGUUAAUGAACAGGUAUUGGUGGGGGAAUGGGGGCAAUGCUGCUAAACAGGGUUGGCGGCUUCUUACUAAUCCCACAUCUUUAAUGACACGUGUUUUUAAGGCUAGGCACUUCCCAACUUCAUCCUUUUAUGAGGCUGUUAUCGGGGGUAACCCAAGUUACGUCUGGAAAAGUAUUAUGGCUGGCCAAGAUUUGUUAAAAUCUGGUUGCAGGCGCAGAAUUGGAGAUGGCACGGCUACAAGGGUUUGGACUGUUCCGUGGCUUCCGGAUCGACACAAUCCAUAUGUCGAGUCUGAUCAAGCUAUGAACGGUCACUCAAUGCUAGUUUCAGAGUUGAUAGAUGCUCAUACGGGGACCUGGAAUCUGGAUCUUUUGCAACAAAAUUUUAAUGCCCGGGAUACACAAUUAAUUUUGAGAGUGCCUGUGAGUACAGAUUUCGAAGAUUGGGAAGGAGAUAUAAGGGGAUGCUAUUCGGUUAAAGAUGGAUAUAGGAGGUUGGGGUUCUUGAAUACGGACCCAUCGCCAGUAUGGAAUAAUAUUUGGAAGCUGCAGGUUCCUCCCAAAUGGAAAGUAUUCCUAUGGAGAGCUCUUUUGAAUAUAUUGCCCACACUUGAUAACUUGAUUGUUAGGAGAGUUGAGUUACAAAUUCCCCCGUGUGCCAACAGGAAUUUUUAUCAAUGGACGGAGGAGUGGCUUGGUAGUGCGCCCGGAUAUACUAAGGAGGUACAAGGCAGAAUGUGUGGUGUACUUCAUGCCAUAUGGACUGCUAGGAACACGGCAGUCUGGGACUCGGUGGUGCCACGCCCGGCUUCGCUCCUGAUGCGCCUUGCGGUACAGUGGACGGUGUGGAUGAGUAGUCAGCAGCCCCAUGUGAUUUAUAACAGCAGCAGAAACGUAGCUUUGCAUGCGCAACAUAGUACUACACCGGCCUCUUUUAAGUGUUAUGUUGAUGCGGGCUUUCAUGGUCCCCUCCACGCAGCGGCAUAUGGUUUUGUGGUUUUUGAUAGUGAUUCGUCGUUUGUGGCAGCAGGUAAUGGCCCCUUGCCAUGUCCGUAUGAUCCCCUCUUGGCGGAAGCGAUGGCAAUGUGCGAAGCCCUCUCUUGGUUGAAGAAUAAUGGGUACUCAGGCGGCUACAUCUAUUCUGACUCAGCAGUUUUAGUUACGAGUCUUUCAUUUGCUAGUUCGUUUCGUAAUUAUUUUCGUUUCAUUCUGUUAUCUUGUACUCGACUACUUAGUGAGUUACCAGGUUCCCAGGUUAAAUUUGUUAGAAGGGAGGCCAAUCAUGUGGCACACUUCUUAUCUAAGCAUGUAUCUGCUAUAGCAGGCAGAACUCUAUGA